AAAUACCAGACUGUUGAUCAGUACCUCUAUUUUCUCUUAACUCCGCUCUAUCUCCACCGCUGAGAAGUGGGGUCUCAUACCAUAGAUAAGGAACUAGCCGCCAGUACAGCUUUGUGGUUGUUUUCACCAAGUCAACUCUUGAUUCUGAACUCCUAACGUGUUUUUCAGUGCAACUAAAUCAGUCUAGCCAUCAUGCUUCCAUCUGAAGACGUGAUCGCACAAGCCUUCGUCUCCCAGCUUCCACUGGGACAAUCCAGCUCAUACGCGCCGGAAAUCCAGAAGAAGGAACCAUUUCCGGCCUGGAGUGUGAUUGAAGACACCAAGAAGAAGGCUACUCGAGAGCUCGAUCUUGCGAGCCAGAAGGCCCAAGCCAAAGCUGGCAAGAUUGAACCUUGGACCCCCAAGUACUAUGCGGCCUGUACUGUCGGCGGGCUACUUGCCUGCGGUCUGACCCACACCGCUGUGACCCCUUUGGACUUGAUCAAGUGCCGCCGUCAAGUCGAUCCUCUUCUCUACAAGAGCAAUCUAGAGGCAUUCCGAACAAUUCGUGGCGCUGAAGGGCUGCGGGGAGUGUUCACUGGCUGGGGACCAACGUUCUUUGGUUACAGCGCCCAAGGUGCAUUCAAGUAUGGCGGGUAUGAGUACUUCAAGAAGUUUUAUAGUGACCUUGUUGGUAUCGAAAACGCGACUCGUUGGAAAACAUCCUUGUACCUGGCUGCCAGUGCGUCGGCAGAGCUUAUCGCCGAUGUAGCUCUCUGUCCUUUUGAAGCCGUCAAAGUGCGCAUGCAGACGACCAUUCCACCAGAUAUCCGGUCGACGUUCACUGGUAUCUCCAACGUGGUCUCCAAGGAAGGUGUAGCCGGUCUAUACAAGGGCCUCUAUCCCCUGUGGGGACGUCAGAUUCCGUAUACUAUGAUGAAGUUUGCGUCCUUUGAGACCAUUGUCGAGAUGAUCUACAAUUAUCUCCCUGGUCAGAAGUCCGACUACAACAAGGGUGCACAGACUACAGUGGCCUUCACUGGUGGUUACCUGGCUGGUAUCCUUUGCGCAGUUGUAUCACACCCAGCCGACGUGAUGGUCAGCAAGCUGAACGCCAAUCGUCAGGCUGGCGAAGCCUUCGGUGCAGCGAUGAGCCGCAUCUAUGGGGAUAUUGGGUUCCGGGGUCUCUGGAACGGUCUCCCCGUCCGUAUUGUCAUGAUCGGCACUCUGACCGGACUCCAGUGGAUGAUUUACGAUUCGUUCAAGAUCUUCAUGGGUCUGCCGACGACGGGUGGAGGACCUGCUGCGGAAAAGAAGUAGUGGUGAGGGUUCCAUGGGUUGUUGUUCUGCUUCAAGUACAUUCCUGAUUCUCCACAUACUGUAGUUCUGGGAUAGGGCAAUUAGUAUUAUCAAUGUUGAGUAUUCGUACACGA